UCUGCUACGCAAAGGAAGUGUACCACGUGCGGAAUGUCGCAGGUGUUGAGACUUGCGAUUUUACGACAGUUUCAGGCGUCGUUGUGGAGACAGAGGACCUCCCUUCGUAUCUGCGAUGAUCCGCGAUUUACUUCGUGCAAGAAUUGCAGUUUGCUUCGUGGGAAGCACUUCGAAAAAACAGUUGCACGGUCAUACCACAAGACAUCAGCAGGAAAUACAAAAGUAUCAUCACGUCUACUGAAUUCCGAUGCUGAAAAACUCAAAUUGUUGCAAGCUUUAGAAGACAGAUUACUACAGCUGCAAUCUAAACCACCAGCUGAAUACAACAGAGCUGUCUUUGCUGGUAGUCAUGGAAACCACAUAAUUCAGACUAGAGACAAUUGUAGUGAUACUAAUCGAACAUUUGCCCCCGAUAAAACAAAAACUACAUCACUUUCUGAUAAAGAUCUGCCGACACCAAAUUCAUCACAUUUACACUCAAAUGAAACGUUACAAAGGGAAGUUGUGUCAUUUACAUCUGAAAGUGAUUCUUUGGAGUUUAAUGAGAAUGCUUCAGAACAGUCUCCAGUCGGUGUAAUAUUACAUGGAGAAAAUGAAAUAUCGGAAUCACCUCUCCAGUUCAAUGUAGAAACAAUGCAAGAUGGUGGUGUAGUAGUCGCGGGAAGGUCGGACGAUUUGCCAACAAAAAAACCCAAAAGGAAACUGAAAACAUCAAAAACCAAAAAUGUUCAAGAAGAGACAGCAAAUCAGAAUGUUGAUCCUGAUAAACCUGAAACUAAAAAACCUGCUAAACGGAAGCGGAAAUCCAAGAAGACCAAGAAAAUUGAGGAUGAAGAACAGUUAACAGAAUUGCAAAAAGAUAAGAAGAAAUCUGGGAAAAAGUCAAAAUCAAGUAUUGUGGGCGACGGGACAAUUGAUCAAGUUGAUGCUGACACAACUUUAUCUACAGAGCAUCAGUUUUUGAUGGGUUUUCUUGACGUCUCAAAUGCAGCAGACAUGGUGGAACUGACGGACUUGACUGUGAGACUUUUUAGUGAUAAAUAUGCUGCAACAUUGAAGCCAUCUAUUGAUAUGUAUAAUCUUCAACUGCAAGGCUGGGCUAAAAAAGUGGAACUGACGGACUUGACUGUGAGACUUUUUAGUGAUAAAUAUGCUGCAACAUUGAAGCCAUCUAUUGAUAUGUAUAAUCUUCAACUGCAAGGCUGGGCUAAAAAAAUUAGUGUUCCUAGUGCUAAUAGAUUGGCAGCCAUUCCACAAUUUUGUUUUCCUGAUGCAGCAAAUUGGGCAGCUGUCUCUGCAUAUACAAGUGAAACAUUCUCAUUUGUGCUCACAAGUAUAGAUGGAUCAAGAACAUUUGGAUAUUGUAGAAGAUUAUUGCCAGAAGGCAGUGGAUUAAGGCUACCAAUAGUGUAUUGUAUUGUCAGUCCAGUUGGGUGUUUUAAUCUUUAUUCUAAAUUACUUGAUGAAGUAGAGGAAAGAAGAAUGCAUCAAUCUGAUGAUAGUGUACACAAAUUUUUACAAGCUGUAAGUGCAAGAAUCAUGCCAAAACCAGGUAAUUCUAUAGAAGUAAAGAUAAAUACUGAUACUAUAUUAUUACAAAGACCAAUGGAUUCAAGACUAGAACAUGUGGAUUUUGGUUGUCUACUCAGUUACCUUAGUGCAAAAAGAUUAAUUGAGAUAUUUGCAUCAAUGAUCCUGGAAAGAAGAAUUAUAUUUACAGCUCGGAAACUAAG